UAAAAAAGGUUGAAAACCCCUGGACUAGACCUCUAGGCAUUAUGCUCAUCUUCCAAGAAAGAUGGUGGUCUGGGUGUGCAGCAGCAGCAAACUCCAAGUGGACAGUGGUUGUAGCCAACUUAGGCUUCUGCUUUAGGAGUGUACCCCUCAAAGCAGUCAUUUUGUCAAUCAGAUACACAGUUCUGCCACAGAGACAUGAUGUGAAGUAAUUAAGCAGGAUCCCUUCUCCUUCAAAGAUAUCCCUGAAACAGAGAGACGGUAUUUCAGGUAGAAUGAAACAACAGGAAUGCCUCAAAACAGACUGAGACACAUACCAAAAAAGGCAGAGGAGAAAGCAGUGCUCUAGGAAGAAAAAAGAGAAGUGGGAGAGUGAAUGCCAGAGCUCUGUGAUGGAGUCGAGGCUGCCUGGAAAAGGAAGCUCUGAAGAGCUGCAAACACGUAAAGGAAAGAGAAGGCAAAGGUGUCAGAAUUUAGGCAACCUAAUCAAACUGACUGGUAGGAUGAGCUUGCACCAAGCUACUGCCGUGCUCUUGGACCAAUACAGUUCAGUAUUGAUGAGAUUUCUGCUGGUCUUAUGCUAAUCAUUAAGACCCAAGCAUGAGAAUCCAGGCAGACCGCAACUGGGCCAUGACUACUUUUCUCUUUGAAAACUUAAAGGUAUGUUCAGUGUACAGAUGCACUUGCCCUGCAAAUAGACUCCACUGGGGGAGGGGGAUACCAGUUGGUAAGGGGAUGUUUCCUUUGUAACAAGGUAAAUGUUAGAAGUUCUCCUGCAGACUCCUAGCCUAGGCACUUCUCUGGAGGCGAGAACUGACUAAUUAUUUGAAGUUGGCUAGUCCAUCAGAACCUCUGCCAUCAUGGAGACAAUGUGCCGGUGUUCUCCCAUUUUCCAGAUUUCCUGUGUACACACUCUAUGAUUAUGCAAAUAACUCAACUCUUUGGACUAUUUCACUGCAAUAACGUUAACAAUGAAGAGGAUCAGUGUUUACAUUUAUUCUUUUCUGUAUCCCAUGAACAAACAUGGCCAGCAUGCCAGUGCUAAUGUCACUCUGUGGUCUGGCACAGACUUUUUUGGGAGGAGAUGAUGUAGCUGCCUUGUACAUAUAUUGGAGCGGAGCAAGCAGUGUUCUGAAACCACUCCCUCAGCCCUUCCAUUGUGAGACCUGAGAGCCAACCAUCACCCAUCCUCACCAUGAAGCUGACUCUUGUCCUUCUGCUGGUCACCCUGGCAUUUUGCUGCUACUCUGCUACAGCUGAGGCUUGUCCAGUCCUCAGGGAUGUUAUUAGCAAGUUCCUUUUUGCCUCUCGUGACCAGUACAUGGAGGCAAUUGCUCCUUUUGUCACCAGCCCGACUAUGGAGAAUGCUGGUCUUGAACUGAAGGGAUGUGCGCUUGGCAUUUCCAAAGAUCAUUCAGAGGCUUUGAAGGAACUGAUGAGAAAUAUCCUGAAAGAGUGUUAAGGGACACCAAAAUCUAGCAAUCUGCAACUCUGAAGAACACAAAAUGAUCUUCCAUCCAUGCCAAAUCCCUAUGACUACAUUUCAAUUUUUUUGAUUCUUUGACCAAGUGUUUUUAUCUGUAAUUCCUGCUUUUAUGUCUAGUGUGGACAAUAAUCUGAGAAUUCACUUUAAACUUCUUCCAAUAAACUAAAAGCAAUUCAGUUCUUUGCUUAGGUCUCU